AUGAACCUGCGCUUGACCUCUGACCUGUUUCUACUGCUGAGUCUUUACAUCUGGGUAGCCACAGUGAGUCAAACUUUUUUUUGUUGUUUGUCUAAAUUUGAUGACCAGCAGACUUAAACUGAAGUCUGAAUACAUCUAAUAGAACAAGACAAAAUAUAAAAUAGCCUUGAGCAAAUCUUCAUUGUUGUGUCCUAAUGGUUUUCUUUUACCAGGAUUAUAACCGUGCAUGUUUUGUUAGAAUACUGUCCAUACAGUCCUCUUUCACCUGUUUGCUGUUAUAACCAUGAUGAUUGUUUUGUAUUAAGUGUUAACCCGGCAAUUCCUGAACCGUGAAAGCGUGGCUCCAGUAUUUUUGGCUAGUGUUGCACCUGUUUCCAAUCUGAUCUUGGAGGUCUUUGAGGGCAGAUGUGGAUCUGGCGCAAACUACAAAGUUGCUUGACAUAUAAGUUUAGAAAUCGGAGCGUAUGCAAGGAGAUGGAUGUUAAAUACUAUGGGGCACAUGCCAUUUUCAUUUACAUUUAAGGACAUGUGUUGUUAUCAUAGACACGAGAAAGACUAAGAGUAGUUUACAUUCUUGAUUAUUUAGAUUCAAGGCUCAUGUAAGGCUCUUCAUCUGCGGUGCAUCAGUCUGAUUGCUGUCAUGUGUAGACACAUCAUGAUCCAAAGUAUAAGACAAAUGGUUUAAGAUGACAAGUUCAUACCUGAGUUAGGUGCAUGCCUUUGGAGUGACAUAAAAAGAAAAGCAUAUGAUCCUUUCAUUUGCUCAGCUCUGCCAAGAAAGCACUCAAAAUACUGUAUCCGUGUGUGUGUGUGUGUGUGUGUGUGUGUGUGUGUGUGUGUGUGUGUGUGUGUGUGUGUGUGUGUGUGUGUGUGUGUCAGGGAGGCAGAGCCCUGCGUAAACAGAGACAAGCUGAGGAGAGCCUGAGACCGUAUAUUGGCAGAGUAGAUCCAGGUAAGACUUUAAUAUGCAGUAGAGGCAUGCCAACUUCUGACUGCAUGCCAGGUAUAUCUCCUAUGGAUCUGCUGAAAAACAUUGCUAUCUGUCCAAAUCCCAGUGAGCAGAAAAAUGUGCAGCAGCAAGUAAAAAAAAAAAAAGAUCUUGUGCGUUAACGCUCCUGUGAAGAGUUUUCCACAUUCAUGAAAUAGAGUGAAAAUCAUAUUGGUGCCCUCUCAUAAUAUGCAAAAGCAAACACUACCAUCAGCAGCAUGCUUAUUCUUAUUCUUAUUUCCUAAUUUUGAAUGCCUGAAACGGGUGCAAAGGGAGGUAGGUGUCAGCUCAGCAACUUAGGAAACAGCCCUGUUUUUACCACUUCCUCUCAAAAUACUCGCAAUACAUGGUGCAUUUAUCUGUCAAAAGACUGAUUUGUCUACAGGGGGCGCAAACCAAAACAUACGCACAGGAGCUUUAAUAUAGCAUCCAGAGCUAAUUGGGCUAUUUUAAAGGUAAAGAAAAUACAAGACACAUAUAUCAAAAGUACACUGAAAAAUCAAGAAUCUAUCUGUAAUUAUACAUAAAUACAAUAAUUGGACAUGGACUUAAAAUUCAACCUGCAAUAUUUUGCAUCUAAAAGCAAAUUAACAACCCAAUCAAGUCAAAAAAAAAAAAAGAAGCUUGAUCAUUAUAUUUGUGUCAACCAAUAAGUAAGUAACAAAGUACAAUGAUGUUUCACUUUUACCACUUUCUAAUAAACUAGUUGUUUUGAACGUCUCAUUUCAAGAUAUGUUUUUAAUACUGAGCACAAACUGUCACUUUGGGUCACAUAUGUGCACAACAUGGCAUUUCAGGGCAUGAAUUGAAGGUUAUGCAACUACUGAAAAACAGUCGUUGGUCACACGAUUCAUUUGCUUUACUCUGUCCUCUUCUAACUUCUUUUUAUCCACUUAUCUCUGGUAUUUCAUGUUCGAAAUAAACGUUAUUGGGACAUUUCAGAUCAUGCUCUAAUCAAAACACCUGUUCUCAGCACUGAAAGUUAAAGUCGUCAUCAGAGCAGGUCUGAAGAAAACUUGCAGAUGUAAAACUAGAGAUGAGAAAACAUUAUGGAGCAAGAUGGAUUCUUUAUGUUUCAGAAAAGCUUUGCGAGCUGUUGAAAUGCCGCAGCCCAGUGGGAUCCUGGUGCCAGGUUGUCCAGGAAAAUGAGGUCCUCGUUCCCAAGUGUGUCUGUCCUCAGACGUGUCCACGGUAAACAACUUGUUGCGUGUGAACCAAGUGUUUAGGAUUUAAUUAUAUAAAGAUUCUGACCAGGAAAUGUGCAUAAAUGUACCCUUUGAAAGUUGAUUGUCAAGUUAACAAUAAAAAGAUGUAGAUUCUUGGCUUAAAUCCUUUCAAUUUCAGCAGUUAAUGAAACACAGCUGUGCUCACUGGGAUCUAUCCUCUUAUAUCGCUUUCUGUAUGGGCACAUGCAUUCAGGCAGAGGGCACCAGUGUGCAGCGUUCUGGGAAAAACCUAUGGGAAUGAGUGUUUGCUGCAUAAAGAAGCCUGCAGAAAGAGCCGUCGAAUUGGACUUGCUCACUCAGGACCCUGUCUAGGUAAACACAAACAUACAACCACAAAUCAUUCGAUAUCUUAAGCAAUUUCCAUUGUGCCAUGCAGCUUUCUAAAUAGCUAUGUUAUACUUCUUGAUCAGUGCCAAAGGCUAAGUGCAGUGAGGAUGAGCUCAACCAGUUUCCAUAUCGUCUCUUGGACUGGUUUUUACUCUUGAGCCGUAUGGGGGAAUCUUAUGCACCUGCUCCCCCGCCCCAGAGCUGCCUCAGUCACGCCCAGAGGACACAACUGGCACAGGUAUCUAACACUUCACACUUAAAGUGAGCCUGAGGAGCAGACUGACAGACACAGAAAGACUGCAUUCAAACAGGGAUAAUGAGUUCAGCUUCGUAAACAUUAUUUGUAAUCUAGGAUGACCUCAGCUUACAACGAUGACCUCAGCUUACAAUGAUGUCAAUGAAAUCAACACCCGCAACCAACAAAAGCAAGAAGAAGAAUAUACCGAGGGUUCACUUUUACUCUCAGCAUAAUCUUACACUGUACACAUAAAAGUUGUUUCAUGACAUCAGACACCAUUAUCAUGCUAGCAUACAAACUGCUCUGCAUGGGCUGUCUGGAGAGAAAUCAAUAUUAACAACCUACUGUAAGUGGCAAGUUCUUGUGUUUCUUGUGGUGUGGUCAUCCGCAAAAUGAGACAGUGGCUCUCAAGAACACCAUGUAUAAAUAGGAACUGGUCAAUAAUCACUGAAUUAUUCAAUAAGAUGGUGAAUGGAGGGAUAACUUAAUAUGCUCCCACUAGCAACCUUGACCUCAUGGCCUCAAAUGAAUUAAAAGGGAACUCAUGCAUUAUUUUCAUGCUAUGAAACACAAUACAACCAAGAGUGUUUCAAAUAAAAGAGCUGUUAUGGCGCUUCAUACAUCUGCAACACCAUUAGCGUUUACAUAGAUUUUUCCUUUGAAUGAUGCCGUAUGGAAACAAAUCACUAUUUACAGGGAUAACUGCCAAUGUUAGCAUGCUAAAUGGCUAAUAAUGCUAAUGCCAAUAUUUUGAUGCAGCUAUACCAACAUCUAGGAAUGCUAGCAUUUGCUAAUUAUGACUGGUUAUGAAGACAGACCCCUGAAGCACAAAAGUGAAGAUAAGCCUAAAUCCCCAUGACAGAUGCUAAAAUCUUGCACUAGUUGUUCGGUGUGUGAGCCUGCAUAUAAGAGAUUGACAGAUGAAGCCCCAGUAUUGACUUAGGCCUACUGACCAAACAUACAGAUAAAACAGUAAAAAUCCCUCAGGUUGGUGCAGCCGAGAGAGUAACAGCUUCUUGUGUAUGUUUAAAGCUAAAACUUUAAUUUAAAGAGCUCUUUUGUACUAGGGUGACAAUAUUCGGACUUCCCAAAAAGAGGACACGACUAUUCGGUGGCGGAGUCAUGGAAUCGCACAAAGUUAAUUUUUGAGAGUUUUUCGGGUCAGAUCGUGGGUUUUUUUUCUAAUUCAGUAAGUCCACCCUGACACAAAAUCAAAACUCUUGUACAAAACAGCAUUUAAAGGAUUUUAUAAACUUCCCUGAACAAAGCCGGACAAACCCGAUCAGCCCCCCUAUUUUGUAUGUGUUUGUUAUGUCUUUUUCCAGCUGUUCCCCCUACAGACAGAAUCAGCACAGCUCUGCAGAGGCUGCAUUUGGCAACAGAGAUGAUCAUUUUAGGAUUACAUUCACUGUCACAGCACCGAAUUAUUAUUUAAAAUGAAACAUUUAAGGGAAAAAGGUAUCAGACAGAACAGGUGUGAAAAAUUAAGGAAGAACAUAUACUAACAGCACUGAUGAAAACCAUGUCUGAGAAAAGUUUGCUCCAUCUGAAGGAGACAGGUUUUUCACCUAUGCUGUUGUCAGACAGUAGGGAGAGCUUUAAAGGUUUUAGCUUCACUUUGAGGGAGGGGUCAUGCGCUCAAUCUUUAUGUACAGCCUUUGUUGAGCCAAAGAGACAGAGUGGGUGUGUUUCCUUGUUAUAAUUUUCUUACAGCUGUAGUCGCUUAUUUCGUAGAUAUUAAUGAUGACAAAAUUAGCCUUUAUUUACUGAUUAAAUGUUUCUGUUGCUUGGACCUUGUCAUGUAGCCAAUAAUGCUUGCUAGUAGAAGGUGCAAACCGUGGUAGUUUUUUCUAUGCUUGAAACUGAUUCCACUUCUUUUCUGCUUUUUUUUUAGCAAAGAUUUACUUUACUGGACAAGAACAAAGAUGGCAAGUUGAGCCGCCGGGACCUGAGGAAGCUGCAUUAUAAGAAGAUGCCUCUGGAGCACUGUGCUGCUCAGUUCUUUAAGUGAGUCCUACCUCUAGCCACUAAUGCUAGAGGGCUAUUUCAAGAGUUUGACCCAUGAUUAAGGAGAACAAAUUGCUGGUCCAAGGCUUACUCUUCCAUGCCUAGUUUUAAGGUGUAUUGAUAGUUAAAAUAAUGUAUGAAAUAUCUACCUGUAAAUCCAGAUUAUUGCCAUUCACAUUCAGUUUCAAAAUAAACUCAGACGUGUCAGACGAGUAGUGACCAAAAGAACAAGAUGGAGAGUACAAGCGGCUCAAAUGAGAUAGGGUGAGAAGCUCAGUUAUUCUGGAGGGGUUUGGAGUAGAGCCGCUGCUCCUCCACGUUAUGAGGAGUGGCUUGGGCACCUAAUUAGGAUGCCUCCUGGACGCCUUGCUGGUGAGGCCUUCAGGGCACGACCCACUGGUAGGAGACCGCAGGGAAGACCCAGGACACGCUGGAGAGACUGUUUCUCUCAGCUGGCCUGGGAACGCCUCAGGGUCCCCUGGGAAGAGCUGGACGAAGUGGCUGGGGAGAGGGAAGUCUGGGUUUCUCUGCUCAGGCUGCUGCCCCCACAACCCGGCCUCGGAUAAACAGGUGAAGAUGGAUGGAUGGAUGGGUGUCAGACAACAGCAGAUGGCUCCUGCGAGCUGGUAUAUUUCUCGCAUUUCAGCCAAUACAUUACACCUCUUUUGCUUGCCUCAUGGGCUAUUUUUCCUGCAUGCAGCCAAAGCCCACUGAAACAUUACAGUGCUGGUGGAUGCAACGUAACAAGUCAACUGGAGUUUAUUUUACAAGAUUCAGAGGAGGAUAUUAAAUGUGCAAUAUCUUCGGCAAAUACACCCCAAUGUGGCAUCGUCAUAACUUUAAAGGGUGAUAAAGCUGGCUGCAUUGUAGGAUAACCCCCUGAUGGAGCCUAGACACUUGUGGUGGUGGUGGUGAAGGAAGUAUGCAGGAUGUGGCAAGAGUGGAUAUCCAAAGAACCAAAACCGAACAUUGAUGAUGAGGUGUGAAGGUAACUAGGUGUGAAGAUGACGCUGAAAUGACAAAGUGGAGGAACAGAGAGGAGAACAGUGAAGUUUAGCAGCAGCAGGAUGACUAGUGGAAAGAGGUCAUCAUGACAAAGACUGGUUAGGGAAUCUUUUAAAGGAUAAAUGCUCAUGAUCAGAUGAUAAGAAACUCAGAUUAUAGACAAAGUGAUAUAAACAAACGAUGAUUGAAAAUCUACUCAUCCUGAGCUUCUUUAGUCUUGAACUUAAACUGAAAAAUCUCAAAAACUAAAUCUUGUCCAAGCAUUCUCUAAUCACAGGUAUUUGUAUUUCAAAGAUGAACUGUAAACAGACCAAGGGAUCCAUUUUGCAAGAACUGCAGCUCACCAUGCCCAUAUCACCAUCGCCAUCACCUUAUGUCACUUAUAGGGCCCAUAAUGUGAACCGUCUGUCUCCUGCAAUAUGUUAUUUUUCAGCUAAUUACUAAAACACUAAGGGUUAAAAAUGUCACUCCAAGGUUCAUAUCGCCUCCGCUUUGUGACCAAGUUGCACCUCCCACCAUGCUGCUCUCUCUGCACGCCAUCUAUCUAUGCACCCUCCAUGCCAAUACCCACUUCCUGUGUCCUCCUCCCCUCCGAUCUUAUGACCACACCAUCCCUCCAUCAUCUUUCUCCUCCUCUAUGUUGGAGCACCUCUCUUCCCCAUCUGUGCUUCCUACUUUACCACAAAUAGAUCCAUCCUCUGGCUCCCUCUUUGUCAAUUCCUCCUUCAUUUUUACUCAUCUCUCAUUCUUUUAUUCCUCCAUUUCCCCCUUUUUUUCCACCAUCCAUUUCCCCACCCAACCCCCCCUUUUUUCCCCUGCCAGUCUGCAGUGACAGGUUUUGUGGGAGCAGGGCUUGCUGUGUCAAUGUCAAGCCAUUCCCAGCAAUGAUAAUGUUUAUUACCCACUGUGCCUCCCGCUGCCCAUGGAUUAACUCAAAUUGAAGGAAUACCCUUCAGAGAGAACGCUGUAGGGUGAACAGAGAGACGCUGACUGUUGUAGAGACCUGAUGCUGUUGUAAACAUACAUCUUAAACUGGUCUGUGUGCCCACCUACGCAGAUCUAUAACCGUUUUUUGCCUGUAAUAAUUGCAUGGGAUGAGUGAUCCCAUGUGUUCCACCAUUUUUUAUUACGUGUUAUAUUUGCAGGUCAUGUGACAGUAACAAGAACAGGAAGGUGACCCUGCAGGAGUGGACCGCCUGCCUGGUGGAUCGUUCAGAAACCUGGUUCUUCCAUUUUAUGUGUAAGUAACAAAGUUUGUCAAAUAUUUCUAUAAGUCCAGAUCACAGAUAGAUGUUAGUUAAUGUUACAGAUUGUUAAUAUCUGUUUUACUGUAAUUAAACGUUUUAUAUUUCAGUUAUUCAAAGAAAAGCCAAUAUUUUAAACUAUUACUCUAAAGCACAGAUUUCUUAAUCAUCAUCUUUUGCCCUUCAGCACCAAAAGUCUUAACAUGACCCCUUUUUCCUCCAAAAUAAUUUCCUGGAUGAUAAUUACCUAAUUCAUUAAAGGGGCGAUUAAGUAUUACACACUCAUAAAACUGAUGAACUCAAAUGAAAGGUUGAAAAAACCUGAAUGACCAAAAUAGCUGCAGUGCGGCCCAAGAUACACUGACUCUAAAUGACUCGGGACAAAUUAACCUUUACAGAUUUAUGAUGGUUUUUAUUCACAGAGCCUAAAAAAGACCCCUUAAAAGACAACUACCUGAGUCUUUUCAUAGUACUAACCACUAACAACACAAGCCUGGUUGUUCGCCUUUGGUUUCCUAAAUAUUUACCUGUCAGCCUUCGAUUUUUUUGCGACAGGUUUAACUACUGAAAGAUAAAUUAUUCUGAUGAGAAAAAGAGCCAGGAUAUCUAGACAUGAUUUGGAUGUGAGGUUUCUUGAAUUUGAACAGUUUAUAUUAUCUAUGGAAAAUAUAGUAAAACUUUUAGAAAUUUUAAGCCCUUGAAUAGUAUUUGUUAACUAUUGAAAUAAUCAGUAAUAUUGGAGAUCACAUAUUUAAAAAUGGUAGAAAUUGAUCACGUCUAUCAUUGUCUUCAUGAAUCCAAAAUAUGUUUUACUGUGUGGCUCCUGUUUAGGCCUAUAAAUUUUCAAUUAAAUUUUAAUAUUUGGGUCUCAAUGGCAAAUAAGUUUUUUUCUCAAAUUGCUUUCAGUUUUUUAUUUAUUUAUCUAUGUUCAGAUUAAAAACUUCAUGGCUGUUUUUUGGUUCCAUUGCAGCUCCAUUCAAAGAGAAAAGUCUGUGUAUUUUUUCACUGAAGUGGGGUUGUAUGAGGUACUUGUCAAUUGUAAGCAUAUUACCCACUGAAGAUGCCACUCAGCUCAGGCCCUGUAUUGAGUCAGGGAACUUGCACAAAAGCCGGGCUAUCAGCCGCUGUAGACAGGGUCAGCUGUACCACAUGACUUAGCUUAUUUAAAGAGAGUCUGACCUGAACCCUUAAGUUGGUCUUAAUAGUUCACUAUAUUUAGAUAAUCCUCAGAGGUCUACUUCCCUAUCAGAAAGCUACUUAGUUUGAAAGCUAUUUCCAGAAUGUUAUACACACGUUUCUUGAUAGAGACAAUAAUGUGUCCAUUACUCGUGAAGACGCCUUUUUGAGUCAGAGUUUACAGAAGAUCAUUGAGAAGGAGAAAAGAGAGAUACUUCUGUGCUUAUUGGAAGAGGGAGGAUAGCACAAGUUACCUGGAGGUACAUAUGUGUAAACUGCGAGCCUAUGCCGUCAUGAGAGGAACUUGGUAUCAACAGCCAGGAUCAGAGAACCAGUGGAUCACAUACAGCUGCAGUCGGCAUCGUCCAUUAUACAGUUUCCUGUCUCACUAAGCGCUGCACUUUUACCCUCUUUCUUCAGUUUUGAGGAGUCAAACCAGAAAACCAGAAGAGUCUAAUCGAAAUAAGUCUUUGAACAAGUUUUUCAGCUCCCACUGUUUUUUUUUCUCUUUAAUUAUACGAUGACCUAACCCAUGGUCUACAUGAUGAGUUUACCAAAACACACUCUACACAAGCAAACUCUACGACUGAGUCAGAUGGAUUAUGUGCAGCAUUUGUUACUUGAAAUUAUUCAGACUUAUAUCAAAAUUCAUAAUUACUCAUUACUUAGUCGAAAUGUCUUCAUCCGUAGUUGGUGAUCGCCGAGCUCUGUCCCAAAUCUCUGCCUUAUGUUCCACUUAACAUCCUAGGCAAUUCUAAAUCAAAUUGAUUUUUUUUUCUUGUUUUAUUCACAGCAAUGAGAAUGGGCUCCCGAAAGCUGUGUCCUACGAUCAAAGAGAACAACCUCUGA